AAACAUUAGCGGCAAAAUGUGUGGAUCUGCUGUAACUAAUGUUACCUCUGCGCGAAGACGGUAAGAAAAGAAAACUGUGACUUGCAGUGGAGACCCUGUGAGACAACUAUUCAUAUCAAGAUGAAGACCUGGAGAAAUGAGCUGUGACUGCAUGCUAAAGUCACAGCCUGUUCCCCAACGAAUGAGGACCCAUUAUGUCAUUCGCAUCUUUCCACGGAGUUAUUCGCCCCUUGGCAAUCAGCAUCCUGCUGUUGGGUUGUUUUGUGACGUUAUUUUUUAUGUACUUCAAGCCAUCCACCAGCUGGCUGUCGGGCCCCAUAGAAUCAGCAACAUCAGCUCUGAAAGUGAAAAACUUCUUCUCUGCCAAAAAAGAGCUCAACCAGACUAUUGUUCUGAUAUGGCUGUGGCCGUUCGGCCAAACGUACGACCUGGACUCCUGUAGCACUCUUUACAACAUUGACGGCUGCUAUCUGACGGCGGACAGAAACCUGUACAACAAGUCAAAUGGGGUUAUUAUCCAUCACAGAGACAUCAGCAGGGAUCUGUCAAACUUGCCUCCAUCACCACGGCCACCGUUUCAGAAGUGGGUGUGGAUGAACCUCGAAUCACCCUCACACUCACCAAAAAUGCCGGGUCUCGAAAGCCUAUUCAAUCUGACUUUGAAUUACCGCCAGGAUGCUGAUAUUGAAGUGCCUUACGGGUCAAUCGUAUUGACCCAGGAAGAGGAGGAUUUCACUUUGCCAAGCAAGACCAAACUGGUCUGCUGGAUUGUGAGCAACUGGAACCCUGAGCACAUUAGGGUGAAGUACUACAACGAGAUGUACAAACACAUCGAGAUACACACCUAUGGCCAGGCGUUUGGGGAGUACGUCAGCGAGAAAGACUUCUUCCCAACCAUCGCCAGCUGCAAAUUCUAUCUUUCCUUCGAGAACUCGAUCCACAAAGACUACAUCACUGAAAAACUGUACAACCCGCUAUCUGUCGGCUCUGUGCCAAUAGUUCUCGGGCCACCAAGACAGAACUAUGAGAACUUUGUCCCGGGUGAUGCUUUUAUACAUGUGGAUGAUUUCCCUUCUCCGAAAGAGCUGGCUGACCACCUCCUCUUCCUGGACAAAAAUGAAGAGCUGUACCUGCAGCACUUCCACUGGCGGAGACACUUCAAAGUAAAGAUGUCUUACUUUUGGGCAGAGCACACAUGCCGUGCUUGUGACUACAUCCGAAAACACAACGAGUACAGGGUUUUUAAUAACCUCGACACAUGGUUCUGGGGAUGAAAGCUUGAAUUAUGAUCAAGAGAGUUCUCUGUAUGCCAUGGAUCUCCUUACUGUGAAUUGGAGUUCUGAUGACCAUUAGUAAUGGCUGACAGGGGAAAUCAUUAGACAAUGAGACAUUAUCACCACUGAUCCUGUGCAAUAGUUUGCAUUUCUGAAGAACUGAUGAGUAAUCAUCAUUGAAUUAAUGUAGAAAAACAUGAAAAGAAGAAGUAUUUUAUAGACGGGAUUAUAAAAAUUUUGAGUUCCACGUGAAGUAAAAUAAUUUAAUUGGAAAUUAUUAUUAAUAUGACUGUGUGUCCAGCCACAGAUCGCAUAGUGAUUUUUAGUUUCUACACUUUACACUAUUUAGAUUCCUACAAGCUCAAAAUGGCCAGGAUAUUAGA